AUGAGCACCAGCAACCAGACCUACACCGCCGUGCUAAUCGAUCCCACGAUCGAAGCACCCGUGCGGUUCGACGAUCCGGAGCUCGUGAAGAUACUCACUCCACUCAUGGGUGUACAUCUACCGCUGUGGCUCGGUUGCCUGGUGCUCUACUUUAUAAAGCGCAACCACUACAACAUCCGAAACCAUGGAUUUGUCCUGGCCUUCACCGGCUCCGCUUUGGGAUUCUGCGCAACGAUAGUCCUCUACCUGACCAUCAUGUCGACACGAUUCAUCUGCGCCAUCACCGCCUGGUCCAUCAAUGUCCUCUUCACCACUUCGAUCCUGACAGAAUGCUUUCGAUUCAUCGAGCUGUAUCACAAGUUCAAACUCGGCGAACAACACUUCCUGGGUCAGCACAGCAACUUUGUGCAGCUCACCAUGUCAGAGACCUCUGGACGGCGGACAUCAGAGACAGCCGAGUCACCCAGAUUUGAGCGGCAGGAUCUGAUCCCAGCCAAGAAACCAAUUCGGGUCUUGGCGAUCUUUGGACGGCUGUCGGGACGCCAAUGGUACGGACUCACCUGCUGUGCCGUGGUGAUCUCCAUGAUUAUCGUCCAGGUGGUGUACAUUUCGGAUCUCUCGAUCUUCCCGAUGAUGGCUUCCUUGGUCAUCCUGCGGGAUGUGGGCAGCCUUAACGGAACCCGAGCCGAGAUGGUGGUGCUUUCGAUCAUCAAUCCCAUUAUCUUUGUGAUAUGGUGCCUUGGCAACUCCCUGUUCAUGACGGGCGGCGUGUCCGAGUGGAAAGAGUUCUCGUCCAUGAUUUGGUUUCUUGUUACCUUGACGGCGCAACACUGCUGUUCGGUCGUUGUGCCGCUGGCGAUUGCCUUCCGCCAAGACUACAGAGCCCGGAGGCUUGGCAAUCUCGAGUACAACAUGCGGUCGUUCCAUAAGGUCCUCAAGGACAAGAAGCUCAUGACCACCUUCACGCAGCUGUGCGUCAAUGACCUGUCGUUCGAGAACCCCAUGUUCUACCUGGCCUGUCAGCGGCUCACCCGGGAGAUUGCCACCGCCCGUGCGAGGUCCUCGCGACCAAUGUCGGUCAUUUCCCAGAUGAGCACAAAUGCGCUCAUGUCCGUAUCUUGCAGCAAGGAGUUCACGAUGAUGAGCAGCUCUCACUCGCUGUCGAUAUCGCUGCUGCCGAAGCGGGUCCAAGAGCUUAUGUGGGAGAUAUACAGGAAGUUUAUUAUCAGCGGCGCCGAGUUCGAGAUCAACCUGAACCACGAGCAGCGAAACGAGAUCAUGACAAAGUUCGAGGCCGGUGACAUUCCUUCCGACGUUUUUGUGCCAGCCGAACGCACCAUCGUCGAGCUCAUGUACCUCAACACAUUUCCGGCCUUUCUGGAGCUUGGUCAACGCAUCUACGAAGACCAGCCCAACGAGGCAUGAGCCACCCCAGGCAGACAUCCUGGCCCGCACUCUAUGCCAAGCACGCCACUGUCCCCCGCGUGUUGUUCGAUUGGAGAUGGCGGCUGGUCUGCCACAGUCGCCUCCCACAGGUGGCUCUCCUAGUUGAAUAGGAUUGGCAUCACGAAACUGCUGUCUGUGGCGCGAGAUUCGCUGGGACAACGGGGCUGUUGGUCUGCGGUAAUCCUGUUCGCUUGAUACAAAGUGCAUUUCCUCCCCUUUCUCUUUGGCUUUGGGCGACCAGAGGAGGAUGGCAUAGUAAAGCUCCGGCAGCUUGAGGCAGUCCCAGCAGUCUGCAUCGGUCCAGGAUCAGCCUCAGUUGGGCGGAUCGGCCCUUGGCGGGGUCAUUCGGAAAGAGAAUGAUAUUCCACGGUCCACAGUCCGCGAUCCCGCUAUUCCGUUGUUCCCAAAAAGUG